AAAUUCGCAUACAGGCGGCCUGUUUCUACGACAACCCGUUGAGAGCUCAGAAAUCAGAAUCUCACAGGAACAUAGAAGUCGAGCAGGAAAUAACAUGGUCUCCUCCAAGGACAAAUUGAAUGCGAACCAACGUCGAGUUGCAGAUCAGCGCAUCGUCAAGAAUGUUGGUAUAAAAGAAUUUAAGGUCUAUUCAGAUACUGAGAAGAUUAAAGUUCGUGUCCGUGAAUCCGUUGCUGCUGAUGCCCCUAAUACUGGGAGAAAACCGAUAGUGCGAACAAGAAAGUCUAUACCAGUUAUGGAAGGAGGCAAGGGGGGCGAUUUGGGUGAUUUAAAGGGUAGUGCUGAAAAUGAAUCGAAAAGUAAACGCAUGCAACACAGUUCUGUUAAAGUAAAGGUUGGAAGAAAAAUCUUGGCUGAUAUCAGCAAUGUUAGGAAUUCCUUGACAAAGAAUGGAGAGAUUGAUGGCUCCAAACCACUCAAGAUUCAUGAUGGGAAAAAGAUUAAAGAAUCAAGGGUUUCAAUUGUCCGGAAAACUGCAAGUGCAAGCUCGUUGGCAAGAAAAUCAAUCAUGGGCAAAGCGAGAAGUCAAUGUCCUGAAAAUCAUCCCAUUUUGCAGAAAUAUGAUGCCAAAGAUUUUAAGGUUUACUCUGAUCAGAGAAAGAAAAAUAUCCAGAACCAUGAGUCUUUUAGUACUGAUGACGGGGCAACUGCUAGAAGGCCUCCAAUAUUGACUAGGAAAUCAUUACCAGUUAUAAAGAGGACCAACCAGAUCAAUUCAAAUUAUGUAAAGGGAAUUCAUGAAACUAAGGUUGGAAAAAAAGUAGUGCCCAAUGUAAGCAAUAGUAGGAGCUAUGUUCGGAGGAACCGAGCAAGUGAUGUUAUUGUAUCAAUGAAAAGUAUAAAUGAGAAAACAAGUUUAUUGGACAGGGUUCCUGUGGAGCAAAAUACUGCUAAUGUUUGUGCAAUGUCAAGGAAACUUGUUAGGCCAACUGGGAAUACUCUUACAGUUUUCAAGGCCCAAAUGACUUCAACAUCAAAGUGCACAUUGAGUUUGAAGAAACCUACAUCCGACUCUGCAAAUUUGUCAAGGAAUAAGGAAGAAAUAACAAAAAUUGCUGCUCCCAAGAAAGCCCAAUUAGUGGUUUCUCAUAAAUCUACCCCAGGAAAUCUUCCAUCAAGCAGAAGUAGCUUAUCAAAUAUGACCACAACAUGCAUCAUUUCAAGGUCCAGAUCAAGUCGUCGGAAAUCUUUCACAUCUAUGGUGCUUGGAAAAUGUGUUGAGGUCAAUAAGCAUCUAGAGCUACCGAAUAUUGACGAUAACACUAAUCCCCUUGAAGUAGCUGAAUAUGUGGAUGACAUUUAUCACUAUUAUUGGGUUAUGGAGGCACAAUAUCCUUCCCUGGUAAACUACAUGGAGAAACAGACAGAGAUUACUCCGAGAAUGAGGGGCAUACUGAUCAACUGGCUAAUUGAGGUGCACUACAAAUUUGGACUGAUGCAAGAAACGUUGUUUCUCAUGGUGGCAUUGUUGGACAGAUUCCUUUCUGUGUAUAUAAUUAAAAAGAAGGAAAUGCAGUUGGUUAGCCUAACUUCACUGUUGCUAGCAUCAAAAUAUGAGGACUUUUGGCAUCCAAAGGUCAAGGAUUUGAUUAGCAUCUCAGCUGAUUCAUACACAAGAAAUGAAAUGCUUGCAAUGGAGAGUCUUAUUCUCAAGAAGUUGAUGUUCCGUCUGAAUGUGCCAACUCCAUAUGUGUUCAUGUUAAGGUUUCUCAAGGCUGCUCAGUCUGAAAUGAAGCUUGAGCAUCUCGCUUUCUACCUUAUUGAGCUGUCCCUAGUUGAAUAUGAAGCUUUAAAAUUCAAACCAUCCUUGCUAUGUGCAUCGGCUAUAUAUGUCGCACGAUGUACACUGCAAAUAGCUCCUGCUUGGACUACACUACUUAGCAGACAUACACACUAUGAAGAAUCAGAACUCAGAGAAUGCGCAGAUAUGAUUUUGAAAUUCCAGAAGGCUGCUGCAAGGGGACCAUUGAAAGUAACAUAUGAAAAAUACUUGCAUCCUGAUCAAAGUUGUGUUGCAGCAAUAGAAGCAAUUGACAGGCUUCCUCAGUGACAUCAAUUUUACUGCUAAUUUUUGUCCUCUGUAAAUAUGUACAUCAUAGUUUUUUUCACCACCAAAGAAAGCUUGACAUGCCAACUUUUCAUCUCCCGCUUGAAUUCAGUGUGCAUGAAAGCUUGACAGUUAUUGGUAGGAGCUGUGUGGAAAGAGAUAUCCACAUUAAAUUAUUUCUAAGUGACGAUCCCGUCAUCCUGGAGUAUAUCAGCAAUUGUAAUGACAGAUUGCGUGCAUAGAGUUCAGAAUUUGCAUGUCUCAAAUGUUACUUUAUGGAUGAUGAUAUUUCAAGAAUCCAUGAAUACUGUUACUGCUGAUAAUUUUGCUGUCAUUUGUAUAUUUUUGGAUAUGAAACAAGUGAGUUUUUUUGUCAA